AUGGGAUCGUGGCAUGGUCCCAUGCUGCUGGCGCUGCUGCUGGUGUCGCCAUGCAUGCAGGAGCAGCCGAUGGACAUGGACGAGCUGAUGAGCAAGAAGCUGAAGUUUGUCCAUGCAGACACACGAGCGAAGAUCGCAUUGCUCUUGCGAAGGUCCGAACCCUCCGGCAGACCCAGCAGACUUUCACUGCGGGGUGGUUACCUACCGGAGUACAUGGAGGAGAACUCCGAGGAGCAGGGAGACCUGCAUCAACCAUAUCACCCUUCCACCGAUAUUCUAUCUUCAUUUCGAGUCCACGUGGACGCAGAGUCUGGGAAUGAUGUCUCGGGCACAGGAGACGAGCAGCAUCCCUUUCAGUCCAUUUUCCGUGCCCUGCAGCAGGUUGUGAAGAGGAGGGAUUCGACAGUGAUCGUCAAGCCAGGAAUCUAUGCAACGAAGCGAAACAAGAAGCUCAACAUGGUGUUGGGGAGAAAUCAAAAGCUUUCCAUCAUAUCGUCCAACUUCCUUGAGAAAAGCAAAGAGCAUGUGCUUCUUGAUGGAGAGAAUGCUUCCUUCAUCUGGAAUGUAACAGGGGCGCCAGGGAGUGAACUCCGGGUCUCCGGCCUGCUCUUCAAGAACGCCAGAUCGGCCAUGCUGUUGAACAGGCACGCGACAGUCAAGGCGGCAUGUUGCAUCUUCAGAUCUUGUUUUGGGAGCACGUUGAAAGUCACCGACUCCUCCCGCAUCCUCCUCGAGAGGUGCAUCUUCUCCAAGAACCUGAUGCGUCACAAGCAACUCAACCUCACCCGAGACUCAGAGCCGCUGAGCGAGCUCCACGACUACAUGGUGGGCUCUUGCCUUCACCUGGCCAAAAGAUCUCGAUGUAGAGUCAGCAACUGCACCUUCAAGAAGAAUGGGGGGGAGAGCUGCCUGUGCGGAGGGGCAGUGUCAGUGAAUACCACUCACUCCAACCCCACUCCAGCGCAGCUUACCUUCCUGGACUGCCUGUUCCAGGGGAACGUGGCGAGGGACUCGGGGGGCGCCUUCGCCAUGUUCAAUAGCUCAAGGUGCAACAUCACAGGAUGCACUUUCUUGAACAACACGGCAUGGGGUCUGUUGCGAGGAGGAGGAGCGAUGUUCCUUCAGAGCACCGAGGUAACCUGGGUGUACAACUGCUCCUUCUUUGGGAAUCAGUGUCCGAAUGCGGGUGGGGCCUUUAGCACCAUCAUGUACACCAACAUCACAGAACAGGAGGAGGAUGGGGAGGAGGAGGAGGAGGAGGUCUACGAUGAAGAUGCCUGCGACUUGCUCCACAACCUGGAUGUUCGUCGAACGAUUUUCAAGGAUAAUCUGCCAUUCAUCCAUACUUCUUUCGAUGCGAAGUCCCGCAUUGGGCCUGAGACGACUCUCUCGCUGGGUCAGAUGGGAGAGUUCCUACCAACAGAGUUGCCCUUGCCAUCAGACUCGUCCCUUGAUGGGUUCAACUUGACCGUGCCUUGGGAGAUGGCUGAGGUUUUCGGGAGGGGUCAACAUUUGGCCUUGAAGGAGCAGUAUCCAUGGACAAAUGGAGAAAUUCCAUCUUGCGAUGAGAAUGAUGACUGUCUUCGCUUAGGGGACUGCUUGGACCAAGGUCUUGAUCAUGACUACGAAAAUUUUCCUUCUUCUCUAAAGUUAGAUCCCAAUUUCACCAUGGAUCAGUAUGACAAUCAAACCUUCGCAAGGAAGUACCUGAAGCUUUGCAAGAAGUUUGGGGCUGAAAGUGUUGAGGUCCGGUCUGUUUUCGAAGAGCAUGUUGCUUAUGCAUUCGGCGUGCUUGCUGAGCGACACUUUGCUCCGAAUGGAACGUGGCCCAAAUAUCUGAUGCCGACACGUGCCGAAGCAGAGUGGCUCAAGGAGCCGUUCUACGAGCUCCAGGAUUGGAGCUUUCAAGACAUGGAGGAUUUCUAUGAAAGAAGUCGUGACUGGAACAACUGGUCGGACGUUGACUUCUGGGAGUUCAAGAAAUGGAGAGAGGAACGAGAAAAGGAAUACAAAGAAUUGCGGACAAAAGCUGCCAACGAGUAUUGCAGGAGGAGAGGGUGCAAGUACGGUUAUGCCGAACCUGUCUACAUCGAGGAUGUACAAAACUCGACACAAAUGUGGACGAUGUACAAGGAUGAAGACUUCGACCCUGAGAUUAAUCCUCAAUAUCCUUGGAACCAGCCACCAACAGAGGAGGAGCUUGAGAGGGGUGGGGGGCGCAUGCGAGACCUCACGCCCAAGGAGAUCGAAGACUUGAAGUCGAGAACGAAGCGACCGAAAGAAUCCGAAAGCAUCGAUGACGAUUGA